AUGAUGCUGACCAUACAGAAUUUUCUCAGGCUUCCUAUUUGGCAUGUUUUUUGUAAAGACAGUCUUUCAUCAGCAGUGCAAUAUGCUUCAGGUGAUGCUUGUGCCCUGGCAAAUGAUGAUGAAAAUGUCCAGGAAAAGAGGGAAGAGGCUGGUCCCAGACUGGAGUCUGAGCAUUCAGACUCAAAUACAUGGAGUUACUCUACUGAAGAGCUACUCGACAACUUCAAAAAAUCUGACCAGACUACAGAAAUAAGUGAAGCAAGCCAGCCUGAAGUUGAGACUCCACCUUCAGUAGAUUUAAACGAAGCUUCGUCUAGCAUAGUUGCAAGCACUGAAAACAUUUCCAGUUCACCUACCUCAGAGAUACCUCCGGUCUCGCAGCCUGAUGCAAUAGAAAAUUCCCGUGCUGAUAUCCCUGUAGUCAGCUCUAGUGAAGCUGAGCAGUCAGAACCUGACUGUGAUAUUGGUGGGACACUUGAGGCUGACCCUCAGAGUGAGCCUUCCUCUUUUGUCAGUCCACCAGAGAGCCUUGCAGGUCAACAUAUAGAGAACAUAUCAUCUUCACAUGGCAAGGGAAAGAAGACAAAAUCUGAGUUUGAGUCGAAAGUUUCAGCAGCUGAAAAGGGGGCAGAUGAGCAAAAACCUGCUCUGAAUGCCUCAGAGAACUUAAAAAGGGAGAAAGACUAUAAGAAAACAGGAGAAAUUGACCCUACAUCGGUGAUAACUCCAAAGGACCCCGGAGACAUUCCAACAUUUGAUGAAUGGAAGAAGAAAGUCAUGGAAGUGGAGAAAGAAAAGAGUCAGUCAAUGCACCCUUCUGCUGUUGGUGGACAGCAUUCCACAAAAAAGGUCCAGAAAAAUAGAAAUAACUAUGCCUCUGUAGAGUGCGGUGCCAAAAUUCUGGCAGCGAAUCCAGAGGCGAAGAGCACUUCAGCUAUUUUGAUGGAAAACAUGGACCUUUAUAUGCUAAAUCCUUGCAGUACUAAAAUCUGGUUUGUUAUUGAGCUCUGUGAACCAGUCCAAGUAAAGCAGCUUGAUAUUGCAAAUCAUGAAUUAUUCUCUUCCACUCCUAAAGACUUUCUGGUGUCUAUUAGUGACAGGUAUCCAACGAACAAGUGGAUUAAAUUAGGUACUUUCCACGCCAGAGAUGAGAGAAAUGUCCAAAGCUUUCCUCUGGAUGAACAGAUGUAUGCAAAAUAUGUUAAGAUGUUCAUCAAGUACAUAAAGGUGGAGUUGAUAUCGCACUUUGGAUCGGAACAUUUUUGUCCUUUAAGUCUUAUAAGGGUAUUUGGUACUAGCAUGGUUGAAGAGUAUGAAGAAAUAGCUGAUUCUCAGUAUCAGUCUGAACGACAAGAACUCUUUGAUGAAGAUUAUGAUUAUCUGUUGGAUUACAAUACAGGGGAAGAAAAAUCUUCAAAAAAUCUCCUUGGUUCUGCUACAAAUGCUAUCCUAAGUAUGGUGAAUAUUGCUGCUAAUAUGCUCGGAGCCAAAACUGAAGAGUCAUCUGAAGCUGAAGCAGGGAACAAAAGUGUGUCUGAAAAUGUCACUGCCACCCCUGCAACUUCAACAGCUGCACCAAGACUGCCUGAACCAACUCCUGUUCCCUCACCAGAACUUGUUACUACAGAUACUCCACAGAUGGAUAAAGAGCAAUUAAAUGUGGAUUUGACAAAAGAAAGUCCUAUUGUUCAGCUAGUACAAGAAUAUGAAGAAGAUACGAGCCAGUCAACGGUAACCUUGCUGCCCAGUGAUGAUCAGGAAGAGGAAGCAUCGGCAUGGUUUGAACUUGAGACAGAAAAGUAUUGCUAUGAUAUGGCAACAGCAUGUUGUAUUUCCACCUUUACAGAAUAUCUGUUUAAAUGGUGUUCAGUUGCAGUAGCCAUGCAUCGGCAGCGUAGCAAAACUGAAGGUAGACAAGGGCAAGAUCACUCUGCUGAUGUUCAGCAGCCACAGGCGGUUCUGACCGAAUCUAUACAUACAUCAACAGACGAGCCUCUGCCUGAGCAAUUAGACAGCAAAGUUGAGAGACCUUCUGGAUCUACUUUUGCCGUUGAAUUCAGCAAUGUGGUCCAUGAGGAGAUCGGUAAUGAGACCACAGAGUCAAUUGAACUGGAACCAAGCCAUCCUCAAACUGUCUCUCAAUCCCUCCUCUUAGAAGUUACUUCUGAAGUUAAGCCAUUGCCAACAACAGACAUGGCGUUGGAGCCUGCAAAAGAAGAUGCAGGCCAGGUAGCACCAAGGGUGACUCCCCAGGUGGAUAUAGCUGAGAUCAGUGCAGAAACAGAAAAGGCUGAGAGCUCUGUUGCAGAAGAAAACCUUGUAGCUUCUGAGACCAGUGUGGCCAGUACCUCUCCUGAGGUAAAGGAUAUGAGCUCAAGAGAGACAAUUGCUACUCCAGUGAUUUCAAAGCCUACAGAGAUGUCUGUUCUGCAACCUGAAUAUACAGUGGGUGUGUUAGCUAGUGAUUCUGGGGAAGGAAAGGAAAGCACUCCAGAAGUGCAGAAACCGGUUUUGCCUCCUGUUGAGUCUUCUGUAUCUGCUGAAACAAAGGAGGAUGAUCAGGCAACUGAAGAAGCUUUAAUGGCGAUUCCUGUCUCUGGGGGACCGCAGAGAACAGCUACAGACUUCUAUGCUGAAUUGCAGAAUUCAACAGAUCUAGGCUAUGCUAACGGAAACCUCGUUCAUGGAUCUAAUCAAAAGGAGUCUGUCUUCAUGCGCCUUAAUAAUCGCAUAAAAGCCCUAGAAGUAAAUAUGUCUCUCAGCAGCCGUUAUUUAGAAGAACUUAGUCAGAGGUACCGAAAGCAAAUGGAAGAAAUGCAGAAGGCUUUCAAUAAAACAAUAAUAAAACUUCAGAACACCUCAAGAAUAGCAGAAGAGCAGGAUCAGCGGCAAACAGAAGCAAUCCAGCUGUUACAAGCACAGCUCACCAACAUGACACAGCUAGUUUCCAAUCUGUCAACAACUGUGGCGGAAUUAAAACGUGAGGUUUCUGAUCGGCAGACUUACCUCGUGAUUUCUCUGCUGCUCUGUGUCAUUCUGGGCUUGGUGCUUUGUGUGCAGCGGUGCAGAAGCACUUCUCAGUUCUGUGAAGAUUACCUCUCAAAAAUUCCCAAAAGUAAUCACUACCCUAGCCCUAAAAGAUGUUUUUCCUCCUAUGAUGAUAUGAAUUUGAAAAGAAGAACUUCUCUUCCACUGGUCAGAUCACAGUCUUUUCAGCUAGCUGGUAAAGAAGUGGAUCCAGAGGACCUGUACAUUGUAGAACCCCUGAAGUUUUCCCCAGAGAAGAAGAAAAAGCGUUGUAAAUACAAAAGUGAAAAAAUAGAGACUAUUAAGCCAACAACAGAGCCUCUGCAUCCAAUAGCCAACGGGGAAAUUAAAGGAAGGAAGCCGUUUACGAACCAGAGGGACUUCUCUAACAUUGGGGAAGUUUAUCACUCUUCAUAUAAGGGCCCUCCAUCCGAAGGAAGCUCAGAAACGUCAUCGCAAUCUGAGGAGUCCUAUUUUUGUGGCAUUUCAGCAUGUACGAGUCUGUGCAAUGGACAGACCCAAAAGACAAAAACUGAGAAGAGGGCUAUAAAACGAAGACGGUCUAAAGUUUCAGACCAAGGGAAGCUCAUAAAAACUCUAAUACAGACUAAGUCGGGGUCAAUGCCAAGCCUGCAUGACAUAAUCAAAGGAAACAAAGAUAUAACAGUGGGAACACUUGGUGUCACGACAGUUUCUGGACACAUAUAAAACUAGCUGAACUUCUCAAACAGGAGAGUGUUUGUUCGUUUGAGAACAGUCUGUGGUAUUCUGUGGGAGGAUAGUGGGAGACGAAGAGCUCAACUAAUUGGAAAGUAUUCAGAAAUUUGGUUUCUGCCUUUUUAAAUAGAUGGGAUUGUGUCAAUCUUGGCUAUAAGCUGCAGCUUUACAAGGCUGAUAAUUUCCUAUGAGAACAGCUUGGGGGGGAGGGAGGGCAGGGUU